ACAUCGACGAAUGUUCACUACAUGCAAACAUCUGUCACGUUGGAGCAACAUGUACUAAUACACACGGAUCAUACGCAUGUGCUUGCAACUUUGGCUACACAGGCAAUGGAACGAUUUGCGUAGGUCAGUAAAAAGGCAUGAAAUAAUGUUAUAAUAUCCAUGCGGACAACCAAGAGCGACGGUUGGCGCGCCUCUUACGUGCCUGCGGUAAGCCUGCUGCUGCCUGCUGUAGGUCAAGGGUACACUACUUAUCGAUGUCUCUUCUGCUUUGUGUACGGUUCCCUCCCUCCCGCACCACUAAGCUGUAUAGAAAAGGAUCAGAUGCACUGUAAAAACAAAUUUAUUCGGAAACAAACAAUAAAUUGAUUAUCUCAGACACCAACUGAAUCUGAUUUGAACUAAUUUGUCGAUUUAUUUAAAAUUAACCAAUUUGUUUUUACAGAGUACCUUUCCUUUACCUUUUACUAAUUUUCAACUUUUCUAAAAACGAUAUCUUGAUAUUUAACAAUUAUAUAUGGCGAGGUGAUUAUCGGAGAAUAUUAGCCGAAAAGAAGUCGAGGUGAAUAUUCUUAAAUAAUCACCGAGCCUGAGGCGAAUAAUUGUUUUGGUAUUUUUUGGGCCUAAAUUUAUUUUAAUUUCGCUUAUGUCUUUAUCAGUAUAAUGGCCAGACAACGGCUAGUCGCCACCUUGAAAAUUUCGGUUUUGUUAUAUUCACCUAUAGAUGAACUUAAUACAUCAAAUUUGACCAAUCAAUUUGUAGGAUACUAAUAAUACUAAUAAUGAAUGUCCCCUUAUAUUAUGUCAUACCAACGCGCAAUGCGUCAAUACACCUAGUUCAUACUUCUGUAUCUGUGACUGUGAUCCUGGGUAUACUGGGAAUGGUCUCGUGUGUGUUGGUUAGCAGAAUAAAUUAUCAUAUAUCUUCUAUUACGUAAAUUUUUCGUCCCUCCAUUGUUUCCUCGCUUUGUUUCUCUCGCUCUAUUUCUCUCGCAUUCGCCUCUCCCCUUAGUUUCUCCCACGCAGACUAAAAAGAUUUGUUUUUCCAUAUUUGAUUUUAUUUGUUUUUUCUAAGCAUGCAUGUCAAAUCUGUCGUGAAAUUUACAUGCUGGCCCAUAGCGUUUCCUAAAACAAACCAGUACUGUAGUUAUUAAGCAAUGAAGACAAAGGUCGAAUUUUGGGCAAUUAACAGGCAAUUAGCAUACAUUUCAGAUUUUACACCUGGUUCGUCCCCAGUCGCUUACCUAACGCAUGUUGAAUUACCCAUUCCCAUGAUCCUUUGCGUUAUAAGCAGUGUUAGGGACUGUGCAAUUGAAGAGUCAGAUUUUACACUAUGCUCAGAUUUACACUGAUCAAAUUGUUCAGAAUAUAACUAAAACAUUUUGUUCCUUCAGCUAGUGUUUCUACCCCAAGACCGAGUCAAGCUCUUGUAUCCGAGUUAAUAUAUGACCAUGGCGACAAUCAAUGUAGUUACGUACAAUACGUAGGACAUGACUCAAAGCAUAUUGGUUUUUCUGUCCGCGCAUAAUAUUAUACUAAUCCGCACAUAUUUUGGUUGUGCUAGUUUCAGAUAUCAACGUAUGCAAUGGAAAUAUAAAUCCAUGUGAUCUCAAUGCUCAGUGUACGAAUACUCGUGGCUCAUUCGUCUGUACUUGUAAUACUGGAUACAGUGGAACCGGACUUGUCUGUGCAAUUAUUGGAAAUUAUUGCGAUUAAGACUGGCCGGGCUUGGAUACAAUAGUCAUCAUACCCCCAAUGAGCCAUCCUACCCCCAUUCAUAAUAUUGUCAAAGUACGAUUAUUUUUAAACAACGGGAUCGUUUUCCCUAGUGACGUCAAAAAGUAGCUACAUCUUGUUUUACGUUUGAGUUUUUAAGUAAUAUUUCAAAUCCGACUAUGAGGACUGGACUGAGAUUUCAAGUUCGUGCAGCAAUUUAAUUGAUCAAAACUGAUACGAGGACUUGAAAUCUAGUCCUGUCUGAAUUGGAGGAUUUGAGACUGACAUCUCUUACGAACAAAUUACUACUUACUAAUUACUAAUUACUACCUAAAUAAUAAUUAUAGUUACUGCUAAUAAUAAUUACUAUAAUUACUAUUACUAAUAAUAAUCUUUAAAUAUAUAUAUAUAUAUAUAUAUAUAUAUAUAUAUAUAUAUAUAUAUAUAUAUAUAUAUAUAUAUAUAUAUAUAUAUAUAUAUAUAUAUUUAAAGAUUUGUAAUCCAGGCAUAUUAUAAUGUUAUUCUAUAUUUUUUUCAGACGUGAAUGAAUGCAGUACUUCACCUUGUAAAGGAGCUUUUUCAAAGUGCGAAAACAAGCCAGGAUCAUACAGUUGUAAUUGUCAGUAUGGUCGUCCAAGAGGAAAUCUGACGCUGGCGAUAUGUAAAG